ACGCUGGCACGACGCAUACAUAAAGCCGCGAUCCCGCCUCCCCGGCAUCUCCCCACUCCCGCCACCGACCGCCAGCCUCCAGUACGUCCUCCAGCCAUGGAGUCCGCCGCCUGCCCCGCGCGCACCGCCUCCGCCGUCGAUCUACGCUGGCUGCUCUCGGUCGCCGCGGGGGGGCUCUUCGCGCUCCUCCUCCUGCUUGCCACCUCCCCGUUCCCGCUCCCCACCUCCUCCCGCCUCUUCGUCUCCCCCGUGUCCCGCUCCAGCUCCACCACCUCCUCGCCGCGCCCGCUGCCCCCGCUCUUCGUCGAGUCCACGCUCUCCCGCUCGACGCCCCCCGCUGCCACCUCACCCCCGCGCUUCGCCUACCUCAUCUCCGGCUCGGCGGGGGACGCCGGCAUGAUGCGCCGGUGCCUGCUCGCGCUCUACCACCCCAGGAACCGCUACAUCCUCCACCUCGACGCGGAGGCGCCCGACGCCGACCGCGCCGGCCUCGCCGCCUUCGUCGCGGCGCAUCCGGUCCUGUCGGCGGCGGGCAACGUCAGGGUGAUCGAGAAGGCCAACCUCGUCACCUACAGGGGCCCCACCAUGGUGACCACCACGCUGCACGCCGCCGCGGCGUUCCUGUGGGGGGAGGGCCGCGGCCGCGGCGCCGACUGGGACUGGUUCAUCAACCUCUCCGCCUCCGACUACCCGCUCGUCACGCAGGAUGAUUUGAUGCAUGUGUUCUCCAAGCUGCCGCGCGACCUCAACUUCAUCGAUCACACGAGCAACAUCACCUGGAAAGCGUUUGCGAGGGCGAUGCCGGUGAUCAUAGACCCGGCGCUAUACAUGAAGACAAAGGGUGAUCUGUUCUGGGUGCAGGAGAAGCGGAGCUUGCCGACGGCCUUCAAGCUCUUCACUGGUUCGGCGUGGAUGGUGCUGUCGCGUCCGUUCGUGGAGUACCUGAUCUGGGGUUGGGACAACCUGCCCCGCACGGUGCUCAUGUACUACGCCAACUUCAUCUCCUCCCCGGAGGGCUACUUCCACACGGUGGCCUGCAACGCCGGCGCCUUCCGCAACACCACCGUCAACAGCGACCUCCACUACAUCUCCUGGGACAACCCGCCGAUGCAGCACCCGCACCACCUCACCCUCGCCGACUGGGACGCCAUGCUCGCCAGCGGCGCCCCCUUCGGGCGCAAGUUCCCCCGCGACGACCCCGUGCUCGACCGGAUCGACGCCGAGGUCCUCGCGCGCCCUGGGGCCGGGACGGUCGCGCCCGGCGGGUGGUGCGCCGGCGGCGAGGGGGAGGAGCGUCGGGGGAACGGGAGCGGCGACCCGUGCGCGGCGGUCGGGAACGCGGGGUUGCUGAGGCCCGGGCCAGGGGCCGAGCGGCUGCAGACGCUCGUCACGUCGCUGCUGUCGGAGGAGAACUUCCGGCCGAGGCAGUGCGUGGUGGAGGAAGAGAACUGAUGAGCUUGGCGGCCAGGCAUGGCUGUGUUCUGGCAGGCAUUUCAGCGUUGUGCCUGACGUACGCGAUGCGGAUGCGAAUCCUUGUUUGUAGUUUGUACACGAUGUACCAGAGCCUACUAGUGUCUGGUGUAUACGAUGAACCCCAGUAUAUGUACAAGAAGGAGUACAUGUACAUACUGGGGUGGUGUCACGGGCUCACGGACGGCAAUGGCAUGUAGAUGAUACCUGCAGGUGCAUGGUACAUGAUGCUAGGUGCCGGCUAUACUCUGGGAUGCACACAUGGGAUAAACACGUGCCCCCGUAUCUAUUCGUUUUUGCUCAUCUGAUAGAUCGUGCUCUUUGUUCA